AUGGUAAGCGCUAGCAACCCUCCUCCCCCUCCUCCUCCAUUGAAGGAGGACAUCUUGGAACUUAUUGGGAAUACUCCAUUAGUCAAGCUAAACAGAAUUCCGCAAUCAUUUGGGAUUAAGGCCAAGAUUUAUGCAAAAGUUGAGCUCUUCAAUGCUGGUGGUUCAAUAAAGGAUAGAAUUGCUAAAAAUAUGGUAUUGGAGGCAGAGAAGGAAGGGAGAAUCAAACCAGGAUAUACGCUUAUUGAGCCAACUUCUGGUAAUACUGGUAUUGGUUUAGCGUUAGUGGGUGCUGUUAGAGGUUAUCGGACAAUAAUCACCUUGCCCGAGAAGAUGUCGAAUGAAAAAGUAUCUGUUUUGAAAGCUUUGGGUGCCGAGAUCAUUAGAACACCAACUGAAGCGGCCUGGGAUGCUCCUGAAUCUCAUAUUGGGGUAGCCAAAAAGUUGGAAAAGGAGAUUCCUAACUCGGUCAUUCUCGACCAGUAUUCCAACCCUGCUAAUCCCGAUGCUCAUUACUAUGGUACUGGUUACGAAAUAUGGGAACAAACCGAAGGUAAGGUUACUCAUUUAGUAGCAGGUGCUGGAACUGGUGGUACGAUAACGGGUAUGUCGAGAUAUUUAAAGGAAAAGAAUCCAAAGGUGCACGUCACUGGUGCUGAUCCAAAAGGUUCUAUUUUAGCCGAACCUGAGACUUUGAAUACAAGCACCGAUGGUUACUUGGUUGAAGGUAUUGGGUACGAUUUCAUACCAGACGUUUUAAACAGGAAAUAUGUUGAUGAUUGGAUCAAAACUGAUGAUGCUGAAUCGUUCAAAUUAGCUCGAAGAAUCAUUAGGGAAGAAGGUAUAUUGGUUGGUGGAUCUUCAGGAUCAGCAUUACAAGCGGCUUUACAAGUUGCAAAAGACUUGACUGAAGACGAUGUUGUUGUUGUUGUUUUCCCCGACUCAAUAAGAUCUUACUUGAGUAAAUUUGCCGAUGACGAAUGGUUGAAGUCAAAUGGUUUUGAAGUUGAAGAAACCGAGACUACCAACAAAUCUGAAGAGUUUUUACGCAGUAAAACCAUUAGAGACUUGGUUGCUGGUAAAGCGCCCGUUGUCACUGUAAAUUUAACAGAUACAGUGGGAAAGACAUUUGAUCUCUUGCAAACAAAUGGAUUCGAUCAGUUACCUGUAUUGAACAAAUCUGGUCAGCUCGUUGGUUUAAUUACUUUGUCCAAGAUCUUGAAAUCAUUGUCUACUCAUAAAAUACAAUUAACCAACUCCAUAAACUCGAUUAUUAUCGAUUUCAGGAGAUUAGCAGACUUUGAAAAAUCCAAAUCUGUUAAUAAAGAGUCAGGCUUUACAAAGAGAACCUAUGAUUCUAUUACUUUGGAUACAAAGUUGAGCGUGUUGAACAAGUUUUUUGAAACUAAUUCAAACGCAAUUAUAACGGACGAGGACUUGAAGCCUGUUCAAAUUGUAACAAAAGUGGAUUUACUCUCAUAUUUGACAAAGAAUCUUAUCUUUUAA